GUUUCGCUCAUUCGCGGAGAUACAUAACUCAAGAAGCGCGGCGAUUUUGUUUGACUUCCGUCCGUAAGUUUUCGGACAGAAUGACAUAUUUACGUAUGUCGAGCUUUACAUAAGCCGAUGCAUAUUUUCCGUCCGUGAAAACGAGAAGCUGCCUUAUUUUCUUCCCGCGUGUUACGCGACAACGAAAUUGUAAUACCUUGCUACUGCUACCCUCGAAGUUAACUGACAACACAGCUGAUUUAUAUUACAUUAUAUUCUUUCUCUCGAGCAAGCAAUUAAAAUUUGAAAUCCAACCUCGAUCCCCUAACAUCUAGCCGAUUUCACCGAAUUUUUCGAGAGAUGGACGGCGAGAGGAAUACUUCCGGCAAAAGCAACGAACGACCGAUCACCCGCUGGCGACGUGAACAAGAUGCACCCAGCACUUCGUCCAACAAGAUCGACAGACCGCCGACAGGUAUUGUGAGACCUCAGAGCAAGUACGAGCGACCGAGGUCACGUCGAGGACACAAGGAUGAAUCGGAGUACGUCGGUUCAGCCAACUUCCGUUCGGCGACGCCAGGACGUCUCGCUUUGGCGAGGCCACCGUCGGCAUCCUUUCCAUCCAAUCGUGCACCAACUGCAGGCCUCACCAGAAUAAGCUCCGGACUGGGUCGUUCCGGCACUGGACUGCCGACUUCCAAGCAAUUCAAUGUCAGCAUGGUCGACAGGCCGAUUACGCAGCACGGGAUAGCAGGCAUGCGGCCGGGUACCACCAGGGGUUUACCGAUGAGGCAAAUUCAAGACAAGAGAUAUUAUGAAGGUCUGCUACAACUGAAGAUACGAGAAUUGACGCAGGAAAUCGGGAAGAUAAUGAAAGAUAUCGAGAUACAAAAUAAGGAGAAAGCUACCUUUCUGCAUUACGACAAGAGAGCCAAGAGUUUGGCAGCGGAAUUGACGAUUCUACAGGCCGAAUUAGCGGACUACAAUCUUGUCGUGGAUAAGAUGACCCUAGAUGUUGACAAGGAAGUGAUCGAACAGGAAGCUAAGGAGUUGGCGUUGAUGAACGAGCAGAAAACUGCGGAAGUUGAGAGGAUGUUCGAACAACGGAAGCAGAUGGAACAGAAACUUCACAAGAUGGAGAAGGAUAUUGAUAACGAGAGAAAGAGAACGGAAUACAUCAUCGAGAAUAUGGAUCCGCAUACAAGAGAGAAAUAUGAUGAUCUGCUCCGACAGAAGACUGAAUUGCAGGAGCAAGCGCAACAGAUGCAGCGCGACUUGGAUCAGUUAUCGAAGGAACAAAUGCAAUUAGAAGAGCAGAUAGCACUGUCCCAGCUGAAACAAGAAGCGGUAAAAUUACAAGUGAGAAUUAUUGAAGCGGAGGAAAAGCGGGACAAACUGCGAGAAGAAGAAGGUAAGAGAUUAUCGCCGGAGGAUGAGAAGGAGCAGCUUCUGCAAAAGAUCAAACGCGAUAAUACAGAUAUCGCUGCAACAGAAGCGCAAAUAGCGGAGAAGGAGAAGAAGGUGAUGGAAUUGGAACAACAGCUAGAGCAAUUGGAAACCGAUAUGGAGGACAAUCAUUCGGAAAAACAGACCAAGUAUCAAGAAUUGCGUAAGCGUGAAGAGAUGAUGGAAGAAUUUAUGUCCACAUAUGAACAGAACAAGCAGGAGGAAUUGGAGAAGCUGUCGAAGCUCGAACGAGAAAUCGUGGAGAAGUUGGAAGCUGUGGCGAACGCAGUGGAGAACAACGAGUAUCUCACAGAAGCUGAAGAGACGGCAAUUUUGCGGGACAAAUUCUCGUAUAACGAUUACGAGAUCGGGCAUCGCGACGAUGACUUUGAUGAAUUGAAGAAGGACUAUAUGAUCAUGCAACAAACAUUCAAUAAAUUAAGGAUCCUGGAAGAGAAAUUGCAAUUAGAAUCCAAACAGAUGAAGGAGAAACUAAAAAAACAACAAAGUGAGCUAAUCGUUCUUGAAGAUCUAGACGGCUUAAAAACACGAAAUGAAUUCGAGCGAGAUGGAUUAAUUGCCGAACGUGAAGGACUUGUAACUGAGGAAACGAUUUGCGAGGAUGACCUCAAAUUAUUGCAAACGGAAUACAACGAGCUUAAAGAACGAUUGGAAAAAUACCCUGUUUAUCCGGAGAUCAAUAACCUGGAAGAAAAAUUAGAGAAACUAAAAGAAGAUAAUAAAAAGAACAAGGAAUUCAUAAUCAAGGAAAAAGAACGCGUCAAUUACGAACCGUUUAAAGAAAAAGCUCUUAAAUUAAUUAAAGAUUAUAACGUGAUACUUCAAGAGAAUUUAAAAUCUCUUUAUUAAACGAUUUACCUAUUUUCUUUUAAGAUAAUAAUAGAAGCUUUACUCGAAAACAAUCGAGAGUAAUAAAAAAAAAAACAUAAAAUAACAAGGGAAAACGAUGGAAAUUCUCAAUUAGCAAUUUUAAUAUCUUU